AGCGGCUCAUCGUCAGCGAAAUUUACUGGUGCUUCCGGGGCAGGGGCAGGUGGUGGGGCAACUUCGAAAAAUGCUCUGGAGAUGCAGAUCUAUCAAAUGUAUGACAUGAUGGCCUCCUGGUGUGAGAAUAUGUACUUAUUCUUCACCACUUUAGAUAAAUUCUUCACCACGACCAUAUAUUGUGGUCGUGGUACUGGUAGAAAAAACAACUACAAGUGAUUUAGUAGAGAUGACAAUAAAUAGACGCUGAAGCUGUAGUAAGUUCUUCUUCUUUCAGAACGAGAACGACAGGUGCAGAUGUAGGUAGAAUUGAUUCGACUUUUUUUCGCACUAGAAUGCCAUUGAUGAAAUAUUUUGCGUCACUCUAAAGAAAGGCUGGAGAAAUCAACUCUGAGUUCUCUUCGUUCUCCGAGUUACCGCUGCAUCUCUUCGAUCAGGUAUUUUAGGCAUUUUUUCUGUAGUCGAUCGAUGUUCCUAGUACCUUUUAUCAGUAUACAGGCAAAUCAAAAGGAUUAAGUAAGAUAUCAAAAUGGGCAACAACUAAGUAAGACAUCAAAUGGAUAAUCCAACAACAAGCUAGACUAGCGGGUAGAAUUCGCCAGGGAAAUCUUAGGCAGUUUGCCGAGUAGAUUCGCAUCUUCAAGAUAUCAAGAUAGACGCUCGCAAUCGCACAACCCUCGCAGCUGCAUAGCAUUCACCCGUAAUUAAAACACAGCUGAUAAGCCCGGAAGAUUUGAUCCCGAUUUAUGCGGUCGCAGACGUCUGCCUAGUCACGCCACUUCGUGACAAUCUCGCGCCCACGGCGGUCGAGUACCUUUUUAAGGGUAGGCUAAAUGUGUUCCUGUUACCGUUCGUUUUGCCUUUCUGAUGGGGGAAAGGCAUAACCAACGAGGUAAACGAACAGCAAAAGCCUACCUCUAACCUUUUGUGUCAGAAGCAGCGGCAAAGCAAUCCCGGUGUGCUCAUUUUGUCGGAGUUUGCUGGAUCCGUUCAAUCGUUGGGCGCCUCAGCGAUCACCGUGAAUCCUUGGGAUACCCAGGGCUUCGCCGAAGCGAUCUACGAAGCUUUGAGUAUGGAGGAGAGUGAGAGAAAAGAAAGGUAUAAACGUCUACGUACAGAGGAGCACAAAUAUUAAUUUCCGCCACCUCAACUCCAUACUGUCCCGUUGGUUUUUUAUUUGAAAACCAAAAACACAGACCUCUACGCUGUCGCAGGAGCAGCACUAGUGUAUUGUAUAUAUGAGCGUAUUAGAUUCUACUUUUAUCACUGAAUCAAUGUAGUCGACGUACAAUUACGACGACAUAACAACAACAUACUUUCAAUAUUCAGGUGGAACUACGGCUACCAGUAUUGCACAACACAUACGUACACUCGCUGGAUCACGGAUCUGCUGCGUGAGCAGCAGGAGUUGGAGCUCCUGCAGGAAAAGGAG